GUGCCAUUUUUCGUUCUUUUGUCUCGAGGGUUUUCUCUUUAAUCGACGUAUGAUUGCGAUUAAUAAUUAAUUAACGAAAUUGUGAAUAAUUUCUGUGUUCUGUAAGUUAUUAGGUAGCCUUUUCGUUAAAAAUGAAUAACAAUUGCCAUGAAGAAAUAAUGAGACGAAAACGACACGACUGUAUUUUGACAAUCGUUAUCACGAGUCAUUUCGAUGUAGUAUGAAAUAAUUAUUGAAUAUUUUAUUUAAAUUUCGAGUUAACUUCUUUUCAAUCAUGACUGACGAAGACAGAAUAACUCAACAUUUGGAAAUGAUGAUUCAUAAACGAAGCAGAUGCGAGGACUGGGUUGCCUCUGUACAGACAAAAACAGGGGAUGACAAGAAAGAAAAAUAUGACUUUGAUUUUAACGACGAAUUUUCCGAUUUAACCGACUCCAAUGAAAAUAAUAAAAGACGUUUUAGGAAAACAGUGAAUCCUCAACGGUUACCUUUGACUUUCCUUUGCGAAUGGAAUUCUUGUAGUUUUGUUAGCGAAAACGAAAGAAUAAAUUAUUUUUCUCACGUAUCAAAUCAUAUCAAAGACUUGGCGAUUGUGAAGAAAAACGAAGAUUCUGAAUGCUAUCAAUGUAUGUGGGAAAGCUGUAAUUUCCAAUCGACUAAUGUAUCAGAAAUCAAGAGACACGUUAAUUAUCACGCUUAUCAUACAAUUUUGAAAGCAGUUGCUUUGGAACUUCAUAAUCUGUGGGAUUUUCCGCGUUGUAAAUUGGACGGCGAAAACAGAAAUUGGUUACCAGAUUUAUCAUACCCUUUCGAAUGCUGCUACGAAGAAUGCGAUUAUACUUGUGAUAAUUUUCAGACAUUUUUGAACCACGUUCAUCAUCAUGUUUUAAGCAUUGACUUUAGUUCUAAGAAAGAAGUUGCUUGUAAAUGGAGAGGUUGCGUUAAUUUCAAAUGUAAAGCUAAAACUCGUUUAAAAAUACAUUUCAAACGACAUACCGGAGAGAAAACACUGGCUUGUCCUACUUGUGGAGCAUUAUUCGCUACCAAUACGAAAUACAUGGAUCACUGUAUCAGAAAAAUUCCAGAAAAAAUCGAAUGUAACAGAUGUCAAUACUGCUUAAGAUAUUUUUCGAGUGAGCGACUCUUAAGGGAUCAUAUGAGGUAUCAUAUUAAUAGCUAUAAAUGUUCAUUUUGCGAUAUGACUUGUUCCACUCCGGCCACUUUAGCUAAUCAUGUUCGAUAUCGUCAUCUCAAUGAGAAACCUUUUCGAUGCACAGAAUGUCCUUUCACCUCGAAAAGUGCCGAAGAUAGUAAUGCUCAUAUGGCUACUCACGAUGCCGAACCUCGUUACCAAUGCGAAGCUGAUAAUUGUGAUUUCUCGUGUAGAACGAUGACUACGUUUAAGAAGCAUUUUAAAUCGGUGCAUUUGAUGGAAAAUGGUCCGAUUUAUUGUUGUCAUUUAUGCGAUAAAAAAUACAACAGAGGGCCUCGUUUAGGAAAUCAUCUUCGUACGAAGCAUCAACUGGAGCAUCCUCCGGGUCAUACCAGAUUCAGGUAUAUGGAAAAUAUAGACGGUUAUUUUAGAUUACAAGUCGAACGCUACGAGAGUCUGGAAUUGAACGAUGUCCAAGUUUCAAUCACUCAUAUCAACGAACAACCUAAAAAUUACGUUUUACAAAAAGACCCAUCUUCGGACGGUGAAAAUUCCAAAAAAUUCACCGUCUGCGUGAAAGAGCCCGAACAACGUAAUAAAGGAGCGUUAAUCGCUAUCGAUAUAGUAGACGAAGAAGGAAACAUAUUAAGAACAAGUACAGUACAAGAAGAAGUGAUCGAAAGAGAUCAACGAGAUAUUAUAUUCGUCGAUGUAAAUCAACAAGAAGCCCAAUGUGAAAAUAGAACCGAAACGUCGGCCGAAAGUGUCGAUAAUGCGAAUCAUCUUCAGGUGAAUCAGAAUCAUAAUCAGACGAUUGAAACGAGUAAUUUGAUGACCAUUAAACAAUCCGAUUCUGGUUUUGUAUUCGUCGACGUGAAUGAGACUGAAAAUCAAGAAAAAUCAGCACCGAGUCGAAGUCCUGAAGGAUCAACUGUGAUAAAUCCAAUAUUGGACAGCCACUCGGUAAACUCGAGCAAUAAUACCAUUAGAAAGCGUCCAAUUUUGAAAAAAAGAACUGUAAAAUUUAGCGAUAAUGACGACAACGUCGAAUUUAUUGUGAAACAGAAUUAAUUACGUACCUGUUAUUUUUUUGACUGUGUACCUAACUCGCAUUUUUUAAAUUUUAACCUAGAAAUUGUAAUAUAUACUGCGUAUAUAA